CAAAACAACUUGACAUUAGCUUGACAUAUUCAUUAUCAUUACGGUCGUAAUAAUAUUGUGGUUUUCAUUUGUUUCUCUUACUUUCUUUCGUUUUUCUUACUUAAUUAUACUAUACUAAUACUAGAAACUGUUGGUAACGACAAUGGAAGCAGGGUUUUUAAAAGCGACUAGCAGUAACUUGCCCAAAGUCGAUGUUAUUAUGUUGGAACACGAGUUAUGGAGCCCGGAUUUAUCAAGGCAAACAGCGCUAACUUGCCUAGAAUUGAUAUUAUGAUGCUGGGAGAGUUUUUGGCAUCAAAUAAAGAUUUUUGUUCAGCUGAAUUUAGAAAUGUUAAAACUUCCAAGUCCUCCAGGCCAUCCUAUGGUGAUGACGCUGUGAGUUACGUACAGCUGAAACGCGACGGCGAUUUGUGUGUGGUAAAAUGUAAAGUCUGCCCAGAACACAAAGUCCACGCAAAAUUGUAUGGAGUAACUUUAAUAGUAGAUGAACAGGAAGAUGCCGUGAAGUCUGUAGCAUGUAAUGAUUGUGUGGCUUCCCAGGGAGGCUGUAAACACGGCAUAGCCUUCCUAAUGUGGGUCCAUCGUCGGAGUGAGGAGCCAUCCUGCACAUCCAUACAGUGCUAUUGGAUGAAAUCGCGACUAUCGAGGGUUGGAUCCACCACGAAAUUUAUAACAGCCAAAGAGUUAUCCAAUGGCAGACCCAGUGUGCCAUCAGAUGAAGAUGUAUUUAAAAAGUUUUUAGAGGAAGGGAGAAAAAGAAAACUUAGCAACUGCGAGUUACUUAAAUAUCAAUCUGACUAUGUGUUUGACCAAAAAGAAAGUUUGUCUAUGCACAAGUUAGUGCUGAAAUAUAAAGAAGCAUCUUGUGAUAAAUUUUUGGAAAAGGUUACAUUGACCGAUGCUGAUAUUGAUAGCAUUGAGAAAGAAACUAAAAGGCAACAUGAAAGCAUCCUUUGGCAUGAGUUAAGAUAUGGCAGGGUAACAGCUUCAAGAGCAUUUGAGUUUAGUCGUUGCAAAACCAGUGAUGGCACUCUUAUCUCAUUAAUAAUGGGUGGGAAACUCCCUGACACAUCAGCCAUGAAGCGUGGUAGAAUAUUGGAAAAUGAAGUAAGGAAAACAGUAAGUAACAAACUGGGAAAAAAAAUUAAGCACUGUGGAUUAAUGCUGUCUAAGAACUAUCCUAUGAUAGCAGGAUCACCUGAUGGUAUCUGUGAAGACAGUAUUAUUGAAAUUAAAUGUCCCAUGAGUGCUAAAACGUUAAAAAAAUAUAUAGUCAAUGGUAAACCAACAAUUAAGUUUUAUGUGCAGAUGCAGCUCCAAAUGUACCUUACAGGACUUAAAAAAGGCUACUUUUGUGUGGCUGAUAGCAGCUACAGUGCAAAUAAAAAUGUAGAAAUAAUAUGUGUUUCAUAUGAUGAAAAGUAUGUAUUAAAUUUUCUAGAUGUUAUAGUCUCUUUAUGGAAAGAAAAUGUAUAUCCAUUACUAUACCAAAGUUCUUUUUAAUAUUUUAUGUAAAUAAAACACAACAU